UGUUGCAUGUAUGAUCUGUGUAGUUAAAUCGACAGUUUGAGCAUAAUCGCUGAAGUAGUAUACGUGUGUGUAUAGCGCUGCUUUGCCGUAAAGUUAUUACGCCGUGUUUAUAUUGUUUAGUUUGAUUGUGGUGUGAUGGCGCGUGUGUAGUGUAGUGAAGUGUGAUUGGUCUGUGCAGUGAGUCUGCUUAUGGCGUGUGUGUUAUGGGCGUUGCGCAGACACGCGCUCGGCUGCAGAUCAGCGGCUGCGCAGCUGAUGAGAGUCAAUAAAUAUAGAGCAGGAACAGACAUAGCGCAUUUACGUGCUUUACAGGACACAACUCUGCAAAGUCAGGUAAGACGGCUCAGUGCACCUGUCAGGAUGCCGGAGAUUAAUAUGGAUAAUCUGGAUGAAAAGCAAGUCCAGUUGCUUUCAGAGAUGUGUAUUCUGAUCGAUGAGGACGACAAAAAGAUUGGAGCUGACAGCAAGAAAAACUGUCAUCUAAACUCGAACAUUGAUAAAGGGUUAUUGCAUCGAGCAUUUAGUGUUUUCCUGUUUAACAGUGACGAGAAGCUGCUCCUACAGCAGAGAUCCGAUGCCAAAAUCACUUUUCCGGGCUGUUUUACAAAUACCUGCUGUAGCCACCCUUUACACACAUCUAAUGAACUGGAAGAAAAGGACGCCAUAGGGGUUCGAACAGCCGCACAGAGACGUCUCCAAGCUGAGCUCGGCAUUCCUGUGGAUCAGGUGCCCCCAGAAGAGAUGACCUACCUCACUCGCAUCCACUACAAAGCCCAGUCAGACGGUGUUUGGGGUGAGCAUGAGAUUGACUACAUCCUCUUCAUGCAAAAAGAUGUGGAUCUGAAUCCAGACCCGAAUGAGAUCCAGAGCCACUGUUACGUCUCUAAAGAAGAGCUGAAGGAGAUCCUGGAGAAAGCCAAGAAGAACGAGUUAAAGGUUACACCGUGGUUCAGUCUCAUCGCAGAAACCUUCCUCUUCAAGUGGUGGGACAACCUCCAUGACCUCAAACAGUUCAUCGAUCACAACAGGAUUCACCGAAUGUGAACACCAUACUAAAUGAUUAGACACUUUUUCUUAUGAAAGACUGUAUAGUUUAUAAUUUUAGCUGUGAAGAGAAGUUGUGCAGCCUUUGUAAAUGUAAAGUUGUUGUCCUUUAUUAUUAGCAUUGACCUUCUGCUGUUGGAUUUAAGGAUUACUUGUUUCUACUUUGAGGGCAUACGUGUAAUAUGGCUGUUAUGUCACAGAUUAAGCAUUUGCUAUUUUUCUGUAAUUUUUU